UUAAAAUCCAUUUUGUGGGAAGCUUACUCAGUAAUGCGGGCACUUUCCGCAGAUUGUUUGUCAGCCUAAUUGGUUCCAAUGCCCUGCUUUCAGACCCAUAUACAAUAGAUCACCUCCAUACGGAAUACGUGAACAAUUUUUGUCAAUUUAAGAUGGUCUUUAAAACAUCAGAUCCCAUCAUCAAACGCCUAGGCGCUGCUGCUGUCACAUACGACCUUUCGCGACUACAUGAGACGACAAUUACACUUCCUGUGGGUACAACGUGGUCCAGUGGACUCCAUUGGCAUGAGACGCAUGACGAGACUCUACGAGUUAUCCGGGGAUCUAUACGUGUUAGGCUUGGUGAGGAAGUCUUCAUACUCGACGCUGGACAAGAAGCAAGGGUCCACAAGUUUGUCCGUCAUGAAUGGUCUCGUGCCCAAAUGUCUGAAGGCGAAGACGUUAUUGUCAUCGAGACAACAGAACCUAGGGACGAGGAGAAACAACUUUUCUUUUGGAAUUUGAAUGGAAUUAUCUUGACCGCAGCGGGGCGAGGCAUCAUAGCAGAUUUGUUUUUGACUGUGAGACUAUUUGUGAUCUUCCAGCAUCUUGACAAUUGGCCCAUCCUAUUGGAUCUAUCAUCGUGCCGACCAUAUCUUAAUGAGACAAUGGCAUUCACUAUAGAGUCAUUCGUCACGCACUGCGUUCUAUCGUUUGUCGCGCUCUUCGCUUCGGUUUUUGGCUACCAUGCUGUCAACGAGCAAUUCACUCCGAGCUAUUUACUUGAAUCAUGGAAGAAUCGUGAAAGCGUCAAGAUUAAAUGAUCAACAAUCCUCUCUAUGUCAAGCCUAUUUCAAUUCUGUGGCAGACAUAUACUGGACGAUGAAACUUUCUUAAUUUAUAUGUUAGGGAAAGCUUUAGACCAGUUGGUUGUAGAACUCGGGUUCAAGAUAUCAAACCCUUAACCAAAU